AUGUAAAUCUGGCCAUAAGAGACUACCUAAUUCAUAGGAAUGAAGAGAGCAUUUUUAAAGCUAUGGGAUGUUUAAUAUUUAUAAAAGAAAAGAGUAUGCCUUCUAUUUACUAAUAGUAUUUUGAUGAGAAACGAUGGGAUAUGUUAAUUAGAUAAUUUAAAUAAGAAUUAUAUAAUGUUUAUUGUUAUCCUAAGGAAUCUCCUUUAUUAAGCUGUAUUAAAUGUGGAAUUACUAAACUAAAAACUUAAUAUUGUGAUUAAACAAAUUACUAAUAAAUCAAUAGAUGUCCUAUUUGUAAUAAAUAAAUGCAAGAAUUAUCAAAGGACUUGCUAACAACAUAAAAAUUAGGAUCAACUUGGAUUUUCAGAAUUUCAGGAGAACUUAUGAAUGAAAAUAAUCCACCUAUGAUGUUAUCUAAUAAUUAAGUUUACAGUUAGAAAUCAUUAUUAUAGAAGAGUGAAUAAUAGAAUGGAUAUGUGUAUUGUAUAGUAAAAAAUAGAUAUUAAAAAUAAAUGAAUGCGUUAGAGUAUUUUUAACUUGA